CGAGGAGAGAGACCUGCAACACGUCACCGUCCGAAUCACAGCAAACCGGACAAAAAUCAGGGAGCAGCACAUCAAGGGAGCUUCUAUCUAACAUCCACUGAUUGAAGGUUGACAGAUAAUUAGCUCAUAAAGAUAAUAAUGUUCUCUUGAGGACAAUGCCAGGAUUGAAAAAUCGCACCACAUGGGCACCGCUGUUGCUGAAGACAUCGACCAUCACUUCCUGUGCCAAUGGCUGCUCUCUGGGCAUUACUGCUCAUCUAACAUAUGUGAAUACUGACCAUGAACCAGUGGAGGGUGUGUUUGUGUACCCUCUGGGCGAGAAAGAGGUUGUGGUGGGUUUCGAGGCAGUGGUAUCCGGCAGGCUGGUCAGUGUGGAACUCCAGAGCCGUGGGAAGUUGGAAGACUGCUGUUUGGACUGCCUCCCAGGAUCAGCGCUGCACACCCAGUGUGGCCACAGCAAGGAGUGGGGCUGCUGUGGAGGAACAGGUCCUGAGAUACAGUGCUCCAAUGGUCAUCUAUUGCUGGAUGAGGACCUGGAGAGGAGCACCUUCAUUGUGAGCACAGGCCAGAUUGGACCUCUAGAAAUAGUGUCUGUUGUCAUCAGUACCACCCUUGAACUCCCUACCCUUGAAAAUGGUGCAAUCUGCCUGGUCUAUCCCACAGUGCUCACACCUAUAGUCAGAGCUCGGCUUCAACCAAGCAAAAGUGAAAAUGUGGGGAAAUCAGAGGAGAAUAGCUCAACUACGUGCUUUGGCAGUGUGUCGGGGAAGCAGGAGAGGGUGCUGGGAGUUGGGCAGCAGUGUGCUCAUGCUCUGCUCACCAGUUCUGCCAUGAACCUUUCGCCUUACCAGCUUAGCUUCCAGCUUCUGGUCCGAGGAGCCUGUCUGCUUGCCGGUCUGGAAAGCCCCACACAUGCUCUACGGGCGGAUGCUGACCCCAGUGCCCAGUCUGCUUCUGCAACCUACAUCACACUGGCAGAGGAGCAUCCAUGUGACCGACAUCUGGAGAUAAUCCUACACCUGAGCGAGCCUCAUAGCCCACUGGUCAUCCUGGAGAGGGGUCGGCUCACCUUUAGCGAAUAUGAGCAGCAGGUCCGUGCCCGUCGUGAUUUCAUUCGCUGUGCCCGUAAGGAGGCAGAAUCUGAGAAGAGGCUGGACUUCGUGAGAAGGCGUUACCAUAAGGAUCUGCUCUUGAACCCUGUCCUGAUGCUUAAUUUCUGCCCAGACCUCCUAUCAGAACCAACAGAACUGCAGCAGGCCAGCAGAGAGCUCAUCUUCCUCAUUGACAACAGCAACAACAUGACACAGCACAACAUAAACAAGAUCAAGGAGGGGAUGCUGGUUGCUAUUAAGAGUCUACCGACCCGUACAAUGCUAAACAUCACUGGCAUCUGCUCUACAGUCCGACCUCUGUUCAGUUCCAGCAAACCCUGCACAGAUAGCACAGUGAUUCAGGCAUUGGAGUAUGUCCAGAAGAUGCAUACAGAACAAGGUUGUGCUAACCUGUGGGGGGCGCUCUCCUGGAUCUAUCGGCAGCCCGUCCACCGUAGCUGCCCACGACAACUCUUUAUCCUAAUGAAUGGAACGCUGAACAUUGUAGGCCGUGUGUUAGAGCUGGUCAGGAGGAAUGCCUGUAACGUUAGGUGUUUCGGUCUGGGCCUUGGUCCACACGCCUGUAGGAGGUUACUGCAGGGUGUUGCCAAGGUUACGGGAGGCAGUGCAGAGUUUCUCAGUGAGGAAGAGAGGCUUCAGCCAAAGCUGAUUAAGUGUCUGAAGAAAGCUCUUGAACCUGUGCUGACGGAUGUACGGAUUGACUGGUAUGUGCCGGACAACGUGGAGGCCCAUCUCUCGCCCAAUGAAAUACCUCCGCUCUACCCAGGCAACUGCCUGAUUGGCUACUGUACUCUAUAUGAUGUGUCUGGAUUCAGGGCCCAAAAAAGUGAGGUGACCUCUCGUGCAAACACAGGCCAGCCACGUGGAUCAGCCGGGUCAGUUUUCGAGCUCUCUCCCUCCACUUCCGAGCUCCUUCAGCCACUGGUUCCCCCGGAGGAACGAGAGAAAGAGGCAGUGAAAGAGUGUGGAGUGGAUGGAGACAUUGAGGACGCGCUGAGAGAAAUCUCGCGAGAAAUCUCGUCGGAGUUCCCCUGCGCACAUGCUACAGAUAAUGCCGUCAGCCCUGGUGGCGAAACUGACUACAGCAGUAGUGACGUGCGCUGGCGUAUUCAACAGGAUUCAUACAUUCAGGAACAGUAUGUGUUGACACGCUGUUCUCUGAGUAGUGAGAGGGCCUUCUCCACUGUUUCUCCCCAAGCCGAGUGCUCAGUGCUGGGAAUGGGUUCUCUGCCACAUGGCUUGGAGAGAAUGGAGCCUGCACAAGGCAGAGGCCUCUCGCGUUGGGAAUCACCUUGGGCACAGAACGCCACCUCUUCAGGGGAAACGGAUUCUGCGUUAGGGAAGGCUGGCAAGAUUAUAGACCGUGACGAGUCUCAUCACAGACAGAGGGCGCUGGCUCGCUCUGCUCUGGCUGGCCGAAGUUUCUCAUCUCCACAGGGUGACCUGGACAUGCACCGCCUGAGGAGAGCGCUAGAGAGGGUCUCAUUCGAGCAGGCUGUGGGGGGGCAGCUGGAGGAGAGCGACACAGAAACUCACAGCACUUCACAAGGAGCUCUGUCCUGUCCAAAUGUUACAGACUCCAAUGGCCUCCUCUUCCCCGCCUCCCCACUGGACUGGGACACCUUCACUGAUCCAGAAAGUCUGUUUUCAGCUCCUCCUCCAGGCGAGUCCCAGGCUCCAGGGGCCCAAUGUCGCUCAGUCAUCCAUGGCAUGCUGGGCGGAAGACCUGUGUCCUGGGACGUCUGUGUGGAUCUGUCCCUUCUGUGGGCCCCUGAGAGCCCAGCAACCCUGCCAACCAGCACCGGGGCCUGGGAUGAGAUCGUACAUCAGCUGAUGGCUCGCUCUGUCAUCAGAGAUUUUGAAAACAUGGCAGAGAAAAAAACGGAUAUUGAAGUUGAGAGAGGUCCAUCAAAGCGGUACAGAAUGAAAGCGAUCCAGACCAGCAAAAGCUGUGGAAUCAUCUGUAUGUACACAAGCUUCACCACCAAAGACACCAAUGCGAGAAACCAACCUGAGAGCAAAGACACACGACACACAGGUGUGCGGUUCGGGACCAUACGUGGUUCUCACUCUACCAGCAUGAGGCAGAAGUUGUGCUCAGUGGGAUUCAGACGCUGGCCCUCCAGCAGAGGCAGUGAAGAGACAGAGGAUACACACACCUCGACAGACAGAGACCACACACCUGCCUCCCCCUGCAGCAUGGCAUCCUGGGACAGCAGCACAGGAGGGAGUAUUAGUCCGUCAGCUGUGUCCUCUCGUUCUCAGCGCUCCAUGGAGAGCUUCUUCGGGUCCAGGAUCAAUCUGGGCAGACUAAAGGGCAGUAAUGGCUCAGGAAAACAGUCUCCUCUCAAACCUCACUUUCUCUCUGCAGAGACUGAUAGACACACUGUGACAGAGACACCUGACUACCUGCCACUGGUGCGUCUUCAGUUGGCCUCAGGUGCAUUCUUGCUGUCAGAGUUGUACUCUGAGUGUAUCCAGAUUCCUCUGGAUCGUCUGAAAAGGACAUCCCCAUAUCUGAGCCACCGCAGCAGUUUGAGCCCCCCCUUCCGUUGUACCUCCCCACCUGCCUUUGCUUCAGCUUCAACAUUCUCAGCAAGAAACAGGCUUGAGGACCAAAUUACAGGCAGAGUGCUUCACGCCAGCCUGCCCCGCCAUGAAGAACUGCUCUGGUUCGACCCCCACAGCUCGAAGGAGGGGUCUCCAAAACUGGUGGUUGUAGUGCCACAGGCUGACAGUGGGAGGGGCUCUGAGACUGACAUGUGUGAAGGGCCUCCACUGGAUCUGGCAGAAGCUCGGGGAGAGGAACUGGCACAGAUGGACAUAAAGAGCUCAAGCUGGGCCACGGCAGUGGCUUUGGCCUGGCUGGAGCACCGCUGCGCUGGGUUUUUUGUGGAGUGGGAACUGGUGGCAGCCAAGGCAGAUUUUUGGCUGAGGUGUCAAUCACUGCCUGAGGGCGUUGACCUGGCGGGGUUGAGGGCGGCGGCUAGGCAGCUUUUCCUGUUGUUACGCCACUGGGAUGAAAAUAUCAAACUGAACGUGCUCUGCUACAAUCCCAAUAACAUGUGAGGAAGACACACUCGCACCAAAAGCUGCUGUAAGCGAGUUUAGCUGUAUUUCUAACUUCUAACAGAUGUAAGGGGCAUUCACACAUACAGAAAUAAAAUCACCGGAGGUUUCCAAGUCUCUGUGCUGUUGGUCGCUUGUAGCCGUUCCAACUCAACUGCAGUGUCCAAAGAUUAUUGAGUGGAUCACUGUCUGCACUCCCAUUAGUAGUCACUACUUUGCAUUUCUGUUCAUUUGCACAUAUAGUUGAGCUCUACUCAACUUUGUUGCAUUACCAAUGAACGACUUCCUGUAUUUUUUUGCCCCAGGUUGUUUUAUGUGUGAAUUCCCCAUUAGACCACCACUUACUUAGACCUUAGACUUACACAUUUUCGUUAGAAAAUGCAUACAUUUUUCUACAGUUAUGCCUCUCAUCCACACUAGAUUGGCAUUUUACUCCACCGAAAACAGCUGUUCAUAACUACAUACUUUGGAAAACGAUGAUGUUAGGAAACUGAAAACUACAUUUUCAAAUGAAAAUGGAUUAGUGUGGAUGUAGCCUUAGACUAGUGAUUUCUCAGGACAACUAUUUUAGUGAUAUCUGUCAGGUAGAAGGGACAUUUUGGGUGGUUUAUCAAAAACAACUUGCAGCAGAUUUAAUUUGCUGAUUUGAACUCAAAGACCAAUUUCUUGGGUCUUUAAUUUGAUAAAUUGUGGCAUAGCUCAAUUCAACUUUAAAGCAGAACAGAAUUAAUUUCCUCUGAACUUUAAAGAGAAAUUAAGAUAAAGUUGAAAUGUGAGUUGAGUGUGAGCUCAUCUCUUGUCCAGACUCCAAUGCAGGCUUUGCCUUAAUAAUCUAUGGGCUUCGGUCUAAAUAUGCAUUAGUAGACCUCUACCCUAACUCACCGCAGGUCUUAAAGCACUUUUCUCGUAGCAAUAGCAAAAUGACUAGUUAUGUAUGCUUCAUGAAACCAAUCACCAUGGCCAACACUGGGCUCAUUUUGCCUUAAUGUACAAGAGCUUCUUGAUUUUGACUUCUCUAUCUUUGUUCAUUUGAGUUUUGAUCAGACCUUUUUCUUUUAGAUUAAACCAUCUGUUUAUGUCAGUAUUGUGCCAUUUUGGAUGUUGACAAUGGGAGCAAUCAUCCAAAACAUUGGUAAAUUGUAAUUUCUUGAGAUUGUUUGGGUUUUUGUGGCCAAUGAUUUGUGUGUGGAAUGGACUGCUUGCUUGUUCCCGAUAUUUGUGAGGAAUUCUAUUUGUCACUUACAGAUAUGAGGAAAAACUAUCUACUACAAAAUUUGCCAAACGUAAAAAACAAUGUUGUAUGUUUGUGUGGGUUAUGCUUGGUUGUGUAAUCAAAAAUCUAACAGAGCAUUUGAUUCAGGGAUCGCCUUAAAUAUGGUGGUAGCUGGUAACCCAAAGAUUCGAACUCGAGAGGUGGCAAUCUACAGUAUGAGUUUUAUGAAAUUAUUACAUUUUUUUCAAUCACUUACAAAUCUAUAGAAUAAAAUCCUUGAAUGAUUCCAGAUGACACUGCCUUCGGGUUUUAAGAUACAUUUUUCUAGCUGUGGAGACUUUUUAAUACCCUAAAAAUGGAAUAACAUCAUGGACAGCAGUUGUAUUAUAAUUAUACACUGAAUUAAGCAAAUGGACUUCAUGCAAAAAGAACACACACACACACACACACACAAACAACUGCAGAUAAAAGUUAAUCAGAUCGGUCAUUUACUCAUCUCAGAAAAAUAAAAUCGCACUCCAAAAAUUAAGCAUUGCAGUACUCUAUUUCAUUCUCCACUAUACUGCCAUACAAAUGCAAAACGCAUUAAAGGAAUAGUUCACUCAAAUUUAAUUCUCUCAUAAUUUACUCACCCGACUGCCAUCAAAAAUGUGUAGGACUUUCUUUCUUCUGCAGAACACAAACAAAUAUUUUAGAAGAUUAUCUCAGCUCUGUUGGUCCAUUCAAUGGAAGUAAAUGGUGGCAAGAACUUUGAAGCUUCAAAAAGGACAUAAAGGCAGCAUAAGUAAUCCAUACAAUUCCAGUGGUUUAAUCAGUGUCUUCAGAAGCAAUAUGACAGGUGUGGGUGAGAAACAUAUCAAUAUUUUCAAGUCCUUUUUUUUUUUUUUUUAAAACAAUAAAUCCUUCUCCCUGCCCAGUAAGUGGUGAUAUGCACGAAGAAUGCGAGUCACCAAAAACAAGUUAAGAAUUUGUGAAAGUGCAAGUGGGGAUUUUAGUAAAAUAGGACUCAACUAUUGAGCUGUUUCUCACCCCACCUAUCAUAUCACUUCUGAAGACAUGGAUUUAAACACUGGAGUCGUAUGGAUUCCUUUUAUG